AUGAACGCUGAGACUUGUGUCUCUUACUGCGAGUCGCCGGCCGCUGCCAUGGACUCCUACUACAGCCCGGUUUCGCAGAGCCGGGAUGGUUCGUCGCCUUUUAGGGGAUUCCCAGGAGGCGACAAGUUCGGCACAACUUUUCUGUCGGCCGCUGCCAAAGGACAGGGAUUUGGGGACGCCAAGAGCCGGGCCCGCUACGGCGCGGGGCAGCAGGACCUGGCGGCACCGCUGGAGAGCAGCGCCGGGGCGCGGGGCUCCUUUAACAAGUUCCAGCCGCAGCCACCCACCCCGCAGCCGCCGCCUGCUCCACCCGCGCCCCCAGCGCAUCUCUACUUGCAGCGGGGCGCCUGUAAAACACCCCCGGACGGCAGCCUCAAGCUUCAGGAAGGCAGUGGUGGUCACAACGCGGCCUUGCAGGUCCCCUGCUACGCCAAAGAGAGCAACCUUGGUGAGCCAGAGUUGCCCCCUGACUCUGAACCCGUGGGCAUGGACAACAGCUACCUCAAUGUGAAGGAGACAGGGGCCAAGGGGCCCCAGGACCGGGCUAGUGCUGACAUCCCAAGCCCCCUGGAAAAGACCGACUCUGAGAACAACAAAGGCAAGAAGCGGCGGAAUCGCACCACCUUCACCAGCUACCAGCUGGAGGAGCUGGAGAAAGUCUUCCAGAAGACACACUACCCCGAUGUGUAUGCGCGUGAGCAGCUGGCUAUGAGGACGGAUCUCACUGAGGCCCGUGUGCAGGUUUGGUUCCAGAACCGGAGGGCCAAGUGGCGGAAGAGGGAGCGCUUUGGGCAGAUGCAGCAGGUCCGGACCCACUUCUCCACGGCCUACGAGCUGCCCCUCCUCACUCGAGCUGAGAACUAUGCUCAGAUUCAGAACCCAUCCUGGAUUGGCAACAAUGGUGCUGCCUCGCCAGUGCCGGCCUGUGUGGUCCCCUGUGACCCAGUGCCUGCCUGCAUGUCCCCUCAUGCUCACCCUCCUGGCUCUGGGGCCAGCAGCGUCUCCGACUUCUUGAGUGUCUCUGGGGCUGGCAGCCACUUGGGCCAGACACAUAUGGGCAGCCUGUUUGGAGCAACUGGCCUCAGUCCGAGCCUCAAUGGCUACGAGAUGAACGGCGAGCCAGACCGCAAGACCUCGAGCAUUGCUGCACUGCGCAUGAAGGCCAAGGAGCACAGCGCAGCCAUAUCUUGGGCCACAUGACAGAGCCCCUCCUGCCAGUCCUGAUGCCGUGCUCCUCCCUGGGGCCUUGGCCACAUCCCUGCCUUCCAGGCCCUGAGCUUCCCACUUGACUCUCCUCUUAGGAACCUGGCCUGGCCCAGGGGCCUGGCCCUCAGCACUUUCAGCCACCCCAAGUCUGAGGCCCUAGGGACUACUGGGAAG